CGGUUAAAAAAAAUUAAAAAUUCUGCAUUUCUCUAUAUUUUUAAUAUGAUCCGGCGUUCAUGUUAUAAAUGUGGGGAUUUAGGACAUUUUGCUGAUUCAUGCGUUAAAACCGAUAGAUUAUGUUAUAAUUGCAAACAACCAGGACAUGAAUCUAAUGCCUGUCCAUUUCCUAGAACUACUGAAAGAUUACAAUGCUAUUAUUGCCAAAGUAUAGGUCAUAUUCAGGCAGACUGUCCAUCUUUUCGAUUAAAUCCUAUUGGAACAGGUGGACGUUGUUAUACUUGUGGUAUAGUAGGUCAUAUUGCACGAGAUUGUGUUGGACUAUCUACAUUUUCUUCUGUUCAUUUUGUUUCUGCUCGUUCUCAAGCUUGUUUUAAGUGUGGUGGACCAAAUCAUUUUGCAAGAGAUUGUCAAGCUUUUUCUGUUAAAUGUUAUGCAUGUGGGAAAUACGGGCAUAUUUCAAGUAUAUGUGAAAACGCUUCUCAGACCUCAAAAUCAUGCUAUCGUUGUGGUAAUUUAGAACAUCUUGCUAAAGACUGUACAAUCAUCAUAUCAAAUAAUGAUCAUCAAGAUUCUAAUGAUAAUAUCACUUCAACAAAAAAUCCUGUAUCACAAACAACAUUAGUAUCUUAAAUAUGUAUUUAUUCAUGUAUUUUUAUAAUAUUUUAUAAUCUCCAA